AUAAAAUGCUUCACGUCUCCAGAAGGCGACGUUCGUGGAGCCACUCGGCCACGUGGCGGCGGUAGCGAGCGCUGACGUCACGGUGACCUCACAAAGAUGGCGGCGCCCGUCAGCAGGCGCAGCUGGCUCGCUUCCGCGUCCAGAAAAGUGGGAAGUUUUCUCUUCGGCUCAGUUGUCGUCGCCCAGGCGGCUGCGCGCGGGGACGAAAUGGACUCCGCGGGGCCGACUAAGCUGGAGUUCGCGGUGCAGAUGUCGUGCGAGAGCUGCGCAGUUAAAGUCCGCGCUGCUCUGGAAGGUAAACAAGGCGUGUCGUCCGUCAGCGUCGACGUCGGCGAGGAGCGGGUGCUGGUGGAGUCGUCUCUGACCAGCGCCGAGGUGCAGGCUCUGAUCGAGGGCACCGGGCGCCGGGCCGUGCUGAAAGGCAUCGGAGGAUCGGAGCACGACCUGGGGACGGCGGUGGCCAUGCUGGCCGGUGGGGGGAGGAUCCAGGGGGUGGUGCGUUUCCUGCAGCUGUCCGAGCAGUGUUGCCUGAUUGACGGGACCGUUGACGGGCUGCAGCCGGGACCCCACGGCCUCCACGUCCACACCCUGGGGGACCUCACGCAGGACUGCCUCAGUUGCGGCGAGCACUACAACCCCUUUGGGAGACAACACGGCGGUCCAGGGGACUCUGAACGGCAUGUGGGUGAUCUGGGGAAUAUUGUUGCGGGACCAGAUGGCCGAGCCUCAUUCAGGCAGGAGGACAGUCAGCUGAAGGUCUGGGAUGUGAUUGGCCGAUCGUUGGUGGUGGACGCAGGCGAGGACGACCUGGGCCGAGGACAUCACGCCCUCUCCAAACAGACCGGGAACUCUGGGGAAAGACUGGCCUGUGGGAUCAUCGCCCGAUCCGCCGGCCUCUUCCAGAACCCCAAACGCAUCUGUGCCUGCGACGGCGUCACGCUGUGGGAGGAGAGGGACCGGCCCAUCGCGGGGAAAGGUCGGAGCAAGGUCGGCGCCGAGACGCCGGCGGCUAACCUGUGAAGCGGCGACGUGAGACCUCGGCCUCGUUUCCGUGACCCGUUGUCGGGGGGAGAGAGAUGCGUUUCCACGCGGUGGGGCGGACGACCAGAAGAAGAACCACCGCGUCGUCUUCAAAUCCCCUCGCAGGUUGCUGCCCUGAAGGCGUUGGCCUGCUAAGAACAGGAGGGCAAACGGAAAAGUCCAGAAGUUUCAGGGGUUCGUUGAAGGAGUCUGUGCUCAGUGUUUUUACCCACAGCUCCUUCAUCAAGUCUGCUCACAAAUUCCACUUGAUUGAUACGUUGAUGGAAGUUUAAUCUAGUCGCGUACAACAAUUCACACUUAUUGAUUUCUGUUGUGUGUGUGUGUGUGUGUGUGUGUGUGUGUUUGGGGGGGGGGGGGGGUCAUGUUGGCGUAGCGAGUUCUGCAUCGAUUGUUCAACUUGAGCGUCUGUCUCGUCCUGAUGAUUCCCGAAGAAGCUUUUUGAAUUCACCUCCCAAAUGUUCAGUCGGUGUCCAUUAUUCCAUUUCUGUCUCAGGGCCGUGAACGCCACUUGAAUGUAGAGCUGCAACCGGCCUUUAUUUUGUAUUAGAUAAGAUGAUUUUUUUAUUUUUUUUUGUUAGGGUCACGUAUCUAUGAAAAUGAGAGAAUCUUUUGUGAAAAUAACAUUCACAGUGAUGUAAAUCAGGGAGAAUAUUAAACAAGGUGUUUUGCUGACUCAUUUCCUCCUUGAA